AUGGUGUCGUUGCGUGAUUGUGAAAUUUACUCACUCUUCCUUCUGUUGCUAAAGUUUCACGGGUCAGAGGGUGUAGAUGUGCGUUUCACUCAGGAACCUCCUAAUCCAAGCUACUUUAACAAUGGUAGUGAUGCCAACCUGAUGUGGGACUACACUGAUCCACAUAAUAACAUUCAUGCCAUUAUCUAUAGUGUUGUGAUAAAUCGUGCAUUUGUCAAAAUGUUGGUUAAUGACAGUCAUGGUGUCCAAGAACAUCCUGAUAUUCCUCCAUCUUACAAAGGAAGAGUUAAAAUUGAAGGAAGAGCUACCCUAGUUAUCGAGAACAUCAACCCUGGAGACAAUACCAUAUUUAGAUGUGAACUCCUUGGAGCUAUCUACACAUUUGCAAGUAGAGUUCAGCUUAUUGUGGCAGAGGCACUACUUAUAAACAUCUCUUUAAGAGGAAAAUAUUACAUUGAAGGAUCCCCUGUCACCAUGGCCUGUGAGGCUUCUGGGAAACCACUGCCGGAGGUGGCAUGGAUUAGAAAUGGAGUACUGGAAAGUUCAGGGAAGAAAGCUACGUCUUUAAAGUUCGAUAAUAUAAACAGAACAGAUGCAGGACAAUAUACAUGUCGAGCCAAUAACUCAGUGGAAGUCACUUCUAUUGACACAACAAUUGUAGUUCAGUACAAACCUGAAGGUGUGAGGCUCACUACCAGUGCUGCCCAAAAUACCGUCGCUGAAGGAGAUACUGUUUCAUUCAAAUGCAAAGUUACGGCUGCUGUGCCACAAGUGUCAAUUUACAAGUUCUAUUUCAAUGGCAGCCUCCUAAGCGAGAACAGCAAUAGUGAGUAUACUGUCAAUAACGUCAAUCGAUCUCAGCACUAUGGCGAGUACAAAUGUAUCCCACAUAAUGACGUUGGAGAUGGAGCAAAAGCCACCGUGAGACUUAAAAUAAAGGUGGUUAAAGCCCUCCCAGACUUGAGCCUAGAAGAAUCUGAGAAACGUAAAUUGAAGAUUAUUGGCUCAUUUGGUUCAGUGUACAAAUUGAGACUAUUUAUGGACGGAGCAGGAAUAUCGAGAGUUCGUGGUCGGCUUCAAAAUUCUUCAUCGGAUUACCAAUCGAAACAUCCAUUGCUGUUACCUUCAGAGCACCAUGUUACCAAGCUGCUCAUUACGGAUGUUCGUGAGUCUGUGGGUCAUCUAGGUUAA